UAUAUAUGCACACGCAACUCCGCAUUUCUUUUCUCUCAAGAGGACCACCGGAACGCCUUCUCGAUUUUCAGGUUUGCGAAAAGAAGACAUGGUUUUCACGUCACCGGAGUCACCGAAGCGCCAUGCCAACGGCUUCCUCGAGGGGGUAUCCGCUGUCAUGGCUCUGUUAGCCAGGCGGGCGAGCCGACUGAAGCAGAAGAUGAAGACUCCGGCUAGCGACGCCGACUGGGCGAUCGAGGUGAGGUCGUCGCCGAAGAAGUCGCCUCUGGCGAAGCCGAAGAAGCUUCUGAGCAGCAUAAGCAACAAAGCGCUGCCGUUUGGUCACAACAAGAAGAAGCUGAAGGGAGGCAGGCAGGGGCCAGAAUCCGGUGAGGAGGAGUGGGGAGACGGUGGUGUGUGGCAGAAGGCGAUUCUGAUGGGCGACAAAUGUCAACCGUUGGAUUUUUCCGGCGUCAUUUACUACGAUAGCAACGGGAAGCAGAUGAACGAGGUCCCUCUCAGGUCGCCACGCGCCAGUCCCUUGCCCGGUUAUCUCAAUCGGCCUCGGGAACAUAUGCCCUGACUAUGGGGUCCCCUACGCCCCCGUCACCGACGCGUGCGGUUUCUCCGGUGGCAGCGGGGCAGCGAUCAGCAGAAGCAAUCUGAGCCAUCCGAGAAAUCUACGGCUGAGCAAAAUUACGUGUCUUUUACUUUCUUAGCAGCCUGUACGGUGCGAAACUCGAUCGCGACACGUGACAGGUAAGAGAUAUGUGGCUUGCGAAUCACCGUAGAUUUGUUCGACGGUCAGGAUCUCUUCUAAUAGAAUCACCGUAUCUCCCCCGCCACCGGAGACCCUGCGCGCGUUUCGCCCGCCAAUACUAGGAAGGAAAUUUCACGCUGGAGUUUUACGGCACGUGGGAUCAUGUGCCCACGUGUCUCUCUCUGUUUUUUUUUUUUUGGGGUUUAAUUUUCGAGUACUAGCAUCCCAUUCGAUGGGUUGUUUGCUUGUUUAAUGAGUUGGAGAUUUGUAUAGAGUAUGUGAAUGUGAGAAACUGACGAUUAAGUUUGUUCAGUGGUUAUAUGAUAUGGUUUGGCUAGUGUGAAAACAAGCAUCCACAUGUACUCCCUCUUUUGAGCUGAGUUCUUUAUUGGUUGUGUAGAACUAUCAGCAUUAAAUUCACACUAAUUUGAAAUAAUAGAUUCAUA